AUGAUAGAAGCUUGGACGACUUUAGUCGCCUUGGCGUUAGUCGCCCUGACUAUAAUCCACUACUAUGGUUUCCGCGGUUUGGAUUACUUCAAGAAUAGAGGAAUCCCGUAUCUACCACCGAUACCUUUGCUGGGUAAUAUGGCACAAGUUUUCUUCGGUAGGAAGAGUCUCACGGAUACAAUUUUGCACGCCUACAAUUACAAUCGCGAUGCAAAGUACGUAGGAUUCUUCGACUUCGCAAGCCCUGUCGUCCUCCUCAGAGAUCCAGAGCUCAUCAGGUUGAUCGCAAUAAAGAACUUUGAGAAUUUUCCGGAUCACAAAAUGUUGGCCCAAGAAGUACCCGAUUCGUUCUUCAAGGAGAGCCUCUUCGGGCUGCAAGGCGAGCGUUGGAAAGAUACGAGGACGCUGUUGAGCCCCUCCUUUACAUCAAGUAAAAUGAAAACUAUAUUCAAACUGGUGAAGGAAUGCGCAGUAAAUUUGGUAAGGCACUUGAAAACGCGGGGUGACGAUUCGAACGUCUUCGACAUGAGGAACAUCCUGGCGAGGUACACGAACGAUGUGAUACUAACAUCAGCGUUUGGCAUAAGCAUGGAUUCGCUCGCAGAGCCAGAAAACGAGUUUUACGUAAUGGGUGGAAAAGCGUCAAACUUUGAUGGUAUAAGGUCGACAAAAUUAUUCGUGCUUCGGAUGUUUCCACGCCUAGCAAAACUCUUCAAAGUAAGGCUGUUCGACGACAAGAUAGUCGGUUUCUACAACGACGUAAUCAAAACGUCGGUCACGACAAGGGACGCAAGAGGAAUUUACCGCCCUGACAUGCUGCAGCUGAUGAUGCAGGCGAGGAAUAAAGACCAGAGUCUCAAAUUGACGGUCAAAGAGAUGGCGGCUCACGCCUUCUUAUUCUACUUAGGCGGGUUCGACACGGUUUCCGUGCUAAUGACUUUCGCCGUCCACGAGAUCACCGUGAAUCCGGACGUGCAGGAGAAGCUUCAAGCGGAGGUCGAUCGGGUUGUGGAAGAAUGCGACGGCGACGUGACCUACGAGGCUCUGCACGCCAUGCGGUAUCUGGACGCUGUCGUCAAUGAGACCCUGCGCCUUCAUACGCCUGCGACGCUGAUCGACAGAGUUUGCAGAGAGAAAUUCGAACUUCCACCAGCGCUGCCAGGGCUGAAUCCAUUCGUCGUCGAACCUGGAGUAUCUCUGUGGUUUCCGACCUCAGCGUUGCAGAGAGAUGCGGAAUAUUUUUCUGACCCUGAGAAAUUCGAUCCUGAAAGAUUCAACGACGCUAAUAAGUCCUCAGUCGAUUCCAUGACUUACAUCCCCUUCGGGGUUGGACCCCGCAUGUGCAUCGGGAACAGAUUUGCCCUUAUGGAAACAAAGUUAGUCUUGUUCGAACUGAUGGCAAAUUUCAACAUUGUGCCGUGCAGUAAAACGGAGAGUUCGAUAAAAGUGAGUGCUUCGAGUUUUGUAUUUCGGCCUGAGGGCGCAGUUUGGCUGAAAAUUGAACCCAGAAAUCAUCAAUAGGUUUAGAGAUGGUAAAAAGGAAAUCAGUUUUAUUGUACGAUAGAAAAGAGCAGGGAAUAAUAAUUUUGAAGCUAUAAUUUUGGAAGCGUACCCACUUGAAAAUUUUUCUGCUUCUAUCGUCAAUUGACUUCUUCGCUGGUAGGCCAUUAAAAAUUUGACUUUAGCUACGGUCUGAAAAUACGUAAAACGAGGCACGUGUCAAAGUUGCACAUGAAGAACUUGCAAAUUUGCGACUAGAAUAUAAAAUCUACCGAUAUUAAUAUAUGAAAUUAUAUUCUGAUAGAAUAAAAAAAAAAUGUAUAUACAAACACAGCCGUUCCAAUUUAAUAUAAUAAUUCGUCUUAUAAAAAUUAAAUUGUGUACGUGUAAUCUUAGAAAUUGAACUAUGCAGCUUGCACAUGUUACGCUACAGUCGAUCCUGAUACCGACGCAUUUAAUGAUAAAUUAACCCGAUAAUAACGAUAAUAAUGACAAUAUUGGAGUCAGUAACACCAGUAACAAUGAUAGAGUGUAGAAAACUCAUCUCUUUGUUUCUUCUUGAUACGAACCAUAUCAAAGAAUACUCUCCCGUUAUAAAUAAAUAGUUUUACGUACAAUAAUUACUGACAGGAGUUGCAGUGGCGGCAGUAAGAUCAACACUUUCUUCGACUGACAAUGAUCUUCGAUGAUACGAUUGACAUCUGAAAAUACGAUAAAUCGGUUGUUAAAACGUGUGUAUGGGUAAAAUUUUAAAGACACCUGAGGUCAUUGCGAGAAAUGAGCGAGAAAGGGAAAAAGAGAGUGAAAGAAAUAAAGAAAUUAUGUAAAUAUUUAA